GGGCCCGAGGGAGGUCCUGACCGGCUCUCCUCCCCCGCCCUCUCCCUCGCUCCCCUCAGGCGCCCGACUCUCUCGGCCAGCCCCGCCGCCGCCGCCGCUGCCAUGGGCAUCCUGGACAGGCUGAGGAAGGACUGGUUCAUGCUGGGGAUCGUCCUGGCCAUCACCGUCGCCAAGCUGGAGCCGGCCUUUGGGGUGAAGGGGGGACCACUGAAACCAGAAAUCACUAUCACAUAUGUAGCUGUCUCUGCUAUAUUCUUCAAUAGUGGACUAUCUCUGAAAACAGAGGAGCUGACAAGUGCUUUGAUGCAUGUAAAAUUGCAUCUUUUUGUACAGAUCUUCACACUUGUAUUCUUCCCAACAGUUAUAUGGCUAUUUCUUCAGCUUCUAUCUAUUACAUCUAUAAAUGAAUGGCUUUUAAAAGGUUUGCAGACAGUAGGCUGUAUGCCUCCGCCUGUAUCUUCAGCAGUGAUUUUAACUAAAGCUGUUGGGGGGAAUGAGGCAGCUGCUAUAUUUAACUCUGCCUUUGGAAGUUUCUUGGGCAUUGUUAUAACUCCUUUGCUCCUACUGCUUUUUCUUGGAUCCUCUUCUUCUGUGCCUUUUUCAUCUAUAUUCUCACAGUUGUUCAUGACUGUUGUAGUUCCACUCAUAAUUGGACAGAUUGUCCGAAGAUACAUCAAGGAAUGGCUUGAGAGAAAGAAGCCUCCAUUUGGUGCUAUCAGCAGUUGUGUACUCUUGAUGAUCAUCUAUACAACAUUCUGUGAUACUUUCGCUAAUCCAAAUAUUGAUCUUGAUAAAUUUAGCCUGAUCGUAAUAGUUUUUAUAAUAUUUUCAGUUCAGCUGGGAUUUAUGAUGUUAACUUUCUUCUUUUCUACCAG